AUGGAACAUUCUGGUGGCCUUCAAGUUGUUCAUCUUCAACAAAUAACGUCUCCUGAACCACCCGAAUAUACUACACGAAAAUUUAGCAAGAGAUAUUGGAUUUUUGGUGCACUAACUUUUAUUCUUAUUGGGAUGGUAGUCGGUCUAACGACUGGAUUGUUGACAAGAAAGACAGCUCCUGUAAAUACACUUGUAUCACCAGUACCAUCACGUGCAAGUUCGAUUGAUAUUCAUCCGAAUGCAAAAUGGACUCAGAAUGGUGUCACUGUGGCUGGAGGAAAUGGACAAGGCAAUGAAACCAAUCAACUCGCUUUCCCAUCUGGUUUGUAUGUCGACGAUGAUCAAACGAUUUAUGUCGCUGAUUACUAUAAUCACCGUAUUGUGGAGUGGAAACGUGGUGCAAUGAAUGGCCAAGUAGUUGCUGGUGGAAAUGGAAGAGGAAAUGGAGCUAAUCAGUUAAACGAGCCAUACGAUGUGAUUGUCGAUAAAGGGAUCGAUAGUCUCAUCAUUUCUGACACGUGGAAUCAAAGAGUAGUUCGAUGGCCUCGGCAAAAUGGUGCUAGUGGAAAAACAAUCAUCUCAAACAUAACUUGCAUCGGUUUGACAAUGGACGAGAAUGGAUCUCUUUAUGUCAGUGACUAUGAAAAACAUGAAGUGAGACGAUAUCGUAUUGGCGAUACUGAAGGAACAGUAGUUGCAGGUGGUAAUGGAGAAGGAAAUCGUCUUGAUCAACUCAAUCGCCCUUGGUACGUAUUUGUCGAUCGAGAUCAUUCAGUGUACGUGUCUGAUUGGGGAAAUAAUCGUGUGAUGAAAUGGGAAGAAGGUGCAAAACAAGGCAUUGUAGCAGCCGGUGGUCAAGGACAAGGAGAUAGUCUUACACAAUUGGAUGGUUCUCAAGGAGUUGUUGUCGAUCAAUUGGGCACUGUUUAUGUGACUGAUGUUAAUAACAAUCGAAUAAUGCGUUGGCCAAAAGGAGCCACACAGGGAAGUGUGAUUGCAGGUGGAAACGGUCAAGGAGGACAAUCGAAUCAAUUGAAUUAUCCUUAUGCUAAACAAUUUCGAACAAUUGUAAAUGAUUUUCGUCAAUUAUUAAUUCAUGAUGAAACUGUACAUUGUCUUGAUAAAUUUUCAUAUUUAACUAUUUUAAUUUUAUUGAUUGAACAAUUUCUUAUAUUACCACGCAUAUCUGUAUUAGGUUUAGCCGAACUAUUUAUUUGUCGUCAUAUUGAAAUGAUGUUAACAAUUGAUGAACAAUCAUUAAAUAAACAAUUAUUACCUAAAUAUUUAUCAUUAAUUUUACAAGUAUUAUCAACAACGAAAAACAAAUAA